AUGAGUGCGAAUUACGCUGCAAUCGACGAAUUGGUUGAAGAGUUUCUGAAAAUGGAACUCAUCUCUGUGCCGCCGUAUCCGGGCCAGCUGGGCUACCUGGGAUCGACCAAAGUCAACGAUUUCCGUACACCGUUGAUGCCAAUCCCGGCCAAUAGUAACAAGAAUUCUAAUCAAAGCCAACGCCAUCAGAGCCAGCCGCAGCAGCAACAGCAGUUGCAGCAGCAGCAACAGGCCCCAAGUCAGCAGCAGCAGCAGCAGUCUCAGAGUCAGCAGCAGCUGCAGCGCAGUCAUCACAAUAGCAGUAGCCAUCAUCAUCACCACCAUCAUCAUCAUCACCAUAGUAACGCUUCCCACCAGAGCCAGCUGCAGCAUCAGCAGCAGCAACAGCAGCAGUUGUUGCAGCGUCAGCAACAGCAGCAACAGCAGCAGCAACAGCAGUACUAUAGCGAGAACCAGUAUCCGCUGGAGCCGGCGACGAUAGCGCUGACUGCCUCGCCGCACGAGGAUGCGCUGCAGAAGCUGACCCAGCGGCUCGAGAGCGAGCUGCGCAUUGCCAAGCGGCAGCAUCUUGCCUGCACCGAGGUGUUGUUGCCGGCCGAUCUGCUCCCGAGGAUAUCGUCCGAGAUGUUCGAGCAGUCGGAGAAGGAGCCGUGCGGCAUCCGUGGUUGCACGAUCUAUAUCGAGUUUGAGGAUGAGCCUGACAACACACGGCGGAUUGCGACCAUGAAGACCGAUCCGAACACCGUGUCCACGUUCGAGCUGUACCUAACGCUCAAACAGGACCGACGGGGAUGGACUUCGAUUUUGCCACAAUUUUUGAAAAAUUUGGCACGUGGCAGUACAAUCAUGAUCAGUCCGGAGUUCCGGCUGACAAAGAACAAGCUCUACCAUGCGUAUUCCGACUAA